AAAUAUCUUCAUUAUGGAUAAAUAUAUAAUCACAGGAAAAAUUGGAAAAGGAGCUCAAGGUAUUGUUUUAAAAGCACACGACGUGGAAACAGAAAAAAAUGUUGCGUUAAAAAAAUUAUUUUUAAAAAAUAUUGAUAAUGGUAUAUCCAUUUCUAUUAUUCGUGAAAUAAAAAUUUUACAACAGUUAAAACAUUUUAAUGUUAUAGAGUUAUUAGAUGCUUUUCCUGUUGGUUUAGAUUUUAUAAUGGUUUUUGAAUAUAUGCCAACAGGAUUAUGGGAAGUAAUACGAGACAAUGAUAUAUUAUUAACUCCAGUCCAAAUAAAAAUUUAUACAAAAAUGAUUUUAGAAGGCAUCGCAUACAUACACAGAAAGAAUAUAAUACAUAGAGUAAGACGUGGUAACGAUUUAAAACCUGCUAAUUUAUUAAUAAAUGAAAAAGGUAUUUUGAAAAUUGCUGAUUUUGGUUUAGGGAGAUUAUUAUGGAAAGAUAUAACAAAGCCAUAUUCUCAUCAAAUUGCCACUAGAUGGUACAGAGCACCUGAAUUAUUAUAUGGUGCACGAUAUUAUACAUCAGCAAUUGAUAUGUGGUCUAUUGGUUGCAUCUUUGGUGAAUUACUUAACAAAUCACCAUUAUUUCCUGGAGAAACAGAUAUUGAACAAUUAGCAAUCGUUCUAAAAUACUUAGGUUCUCCUACAUCAGAAACGUGGCCAGAUUUAAGCAUAUUACCUGAUUAUAAUAAAAUUACAUUUCCAUAUCAUAAAGGAAUAGUAUGGGAAAAAAUUAUUGAAGACACUGAACCAGAAGCUGUUGAUUUAAUUAGUAAAAUUCUUAUUUAUAAUUCAUCAAAACGCCUGUCAGCCGAUGAAGUGUGUAAUGCAGCUUUGUGUCAUGCAUAUUUUCAUGUCAAACCUUAUAUUUCUUCAAAACAUCUGAUAAAGUCACAAACUAGUCAUCGCUAUCAAAUAAAGGAAAAAGAAAUUAAUACAAACAUUCAAGUUACUAUCCUUUUUAAAAAUCUAUUAAGUAUUAUAUAAUAAAUAUUCAUAUUUAUAAAAUAUACAUGUAAUCAAUGAAAUAUAUGUAAAUAUAUACAUUAAAAUAUAAUAUAUACAGAUAAUCAAAUAAAUUAUAUAACUAUGUAAUUUUAUAUAUUUUUAUAAUUUAUAGAGAUAACAGAA